CAUAAAAUUUGCAUAUCUGAAUGCAAUGGCAAGGUGAAGCUUGAGGGACAAGCAAAGCAAGUCGUAGUUACUUGUUCAAGUAUCUCUCCUCCGUCUACAAAUAGCCAGCCCUUGUUUUGUCUUUUCCUUUUCCCAUUGAGUUUUCUUGCCGCAGCAUUUAGAUUAUCAGAGAAGGAAGAGAAGAAGGGUGAUGAACGAAAUCACACAGUGAAAGAGGGCCGGGAGAUCAAGAGGAGUACUGAAGAGAGACACAGCUUAGCAAGGACAAACUUCUUUCUCCUUUUCUUUUUCUUUUUGUCUCUCUCUAUCUCUCUCUUUUUCUCCUUUAACUUCCUUCUUGGCUUCAUUCGGUUAUCAUUUUUUUAUCCUCUGGUGGAGGAGAAGGGAAAUACAGAGAGAGAGAGAGAAGGAGGAAAUUUAGGCAAAACAAAUUAAACAUGAGAUGGUGCAAUCCGAGAUGGAGAAUAUGGAGAGAAGCAUCAACAAUUCAAGCUCUUCGAGUACGGUUCUGAUGAGAACAGUUCUCACCACUUGCCCUUCUUGUGGCUACCGCAUCCACUACGAGCCACGGCCACAGGGUGGUGUACGAGGUGGCGGCGGAGGGGCGGCGGCGGCGGUGGAGGAGUUGGCGGGCCUGCCGGCGGGGUUGAAGUUUGACCCGACGGAUCAGGAAUUGCUGGACCACUUGGAGAGCAAAUCGAGGGCGGAUCCGCUGAGGGUGGAUCAUCUCAUCGACGAGUUCAUCCCCACAAUUGAAGGGGAGAAUGGUAUCUGCUACACUCACCCUGAGAAACUCCCCGGCGUGAGAGAAGACGGUGUGGUGCGGCACUUCUUCCACCGGCCUUCGCGGGCGUACACGACGGGGACGCGGAAAAGGAGGAAGGUGGUGGUGGAGAGCGCGUUGUCGGAGGCGCAGGGCAGCGAGACGCGGUGGCACAAGACCGGGAAGACGAGGCCAGUGUUCGCCGCCGGCGGCCGGAUGAAGGGGUUCAAGAAGAUCCUGGUCCUCUACACCAACUACGGCAAGCAGCGGAAGCCCCAGAAGACGAACUGGAUCAUGCACCAGUACCACCUCGGCGUCGACGAGGAGGAGAAGGACGGCGAGCUGGUGGUCUCCAAGGUUUUCUACCAGACCCAGCCCAGGCAAUGCACCGCGGCCGUGAAAGACGUCGACGUUAACGCACUCGAAGGGAAGCGUAAAACUGCGAUCAAUGAGGAGGAGGAUGAGAACGAUGGCAGGGUUGAUUAUUAUAGUCAGCAGCAGCCCUUGAUGGCGUACAGUGACAUUCAAGGCGGCCAAAGUCAAAUGCUCCGUGGCUUUCCCAUGCAUGGUGCUAGUGGGGCUUCCUUUCUUACUUGAAGGGAAAAAACCAGGAAAGGGAGCGAGAGAGAAGGUUUGUAUAUCGACCGAGCAAGCAUUCUUGUGAUUAACUUCCAUAAUAUGUUUUACAUGUAUGACAACUUUAGAUUUGUUUGUAAUAGCUUUCUUUUAUCCUUGGAGAAACUGAAACCUGCAAGGUAAAUGUCGAAAGAGCAGGAUUGACUUUUGAGUCAGUAUGUAUACGCCGCAUGCAAAUACGGUUUUGCUGAGUUAACAUGAUGCUUUGAUACCUCA